AUGGUUGAGAAGGCCACUUUGGACGCAGUGAAGGCUGAGGAACACCUCAGAGAAGUUAUUACAGCAGAGACAUGGAAGGAUAUGAGCAGGAAGGCAGCAAGAGAGAAAUUAGAGGAAAAGAUGGGUCUAAAGACGGACAGUCUAAAGGAUCAUAAGAAAGAAAUAAAUGAAAUUAUUGACAAAAUUGUUGAAGAACUUAAUGAGGAUGGAGAAGAGGAAGAAUCUGAGGAAGAAGAAGACGGAGACGAGAGCUAUGAUGAUGAAGAAUCUGAACAACCAAGCAAAAAACAAAAAACAGGAAAUGGACCACCUAAGAAUCUUAAAAAGCUUCAAUCAACAAUGAUGGCUAAGUCUACGUUCUUAGAGAAGGCUCCUGUCUUAGCCUCGAAGAUUGGCGACGUUCAAUUCGAGAUGAAGCCAAGAACAUUCAGCAGUGGAUCCUGUGGAUGGUUCCAUGGAAGCAAAGUUGCUAUUAAGGUUGGAGACCAAGAGAUAUGGUGCCAAUUGGGUGUUAACUGCACAGUAUUAGGAAGCAAAGAAUGGCGUGAUGGCAAGGGAGCAGCGAAGGGAAAGAAGUAA